UUUCGGCGAGUAGCUCAGCUGGCGGGUGACAGUUACAGUCAGGAUGUGAACGGCUCUGGUUGCGGUUUAUCGGUUCCCAAUCGAGUCUAAUCAGAGUAGUUGAACUUUAGUGGCCUUGCAAAGUUUUCAUUUACCGACAAACAGAACAACGAACUGUGUACGUAAUUGACGGUGCGAUCGUUGUUGAAAACUGCAUUUGAAUUCCUAACAGUUUACAAUCGCAACACAUUGAUUCGAUGUUUCACUUCGAGAAAGGAUGAUUCAACUGGCUGCGUAUGUUGCAUCAGGUUCAGCGCGACCGCGAGACGAUUCGCGCCAACUGAAUUGAUUCAGCGCCGGGGCAACUGCAGGAAGUGGGUGGCACUCUGAAGCGGCGUGGGUGUAGAUGGGUGGUAAAUUUUCAUCGCUCCGCACUAGAUAUACAAACACAAAAAUUGCCCACGUUGCCAGAACUCGUUUUUUGUGAUGAUGACGACGGUGCAAUGAUGGUUUUUCAUAGUAAAUGAGAGAGAGAGAGACGUACGAAGACCGACGAUGGAGCGAAGCAGAGCACCACGUAUUUCUUUGGAAUGAACACGUUUGUUUAGUGGGCAAUUUUACAAUACAAAUUCGAUUCCAUUCUAGUUGAAAAAUUGUUUACACAGAUAAGAUAGUGUGAUACGUAAACGUUGUUGUUAUAUUGGAAACUGCGUCAAUAGCAAUUGAGCUGGUGAUAAAACCAUUCGUCACCGCGAGCUGGUAAUUUGAACACCUUAGUAGAUUGCCGCUAGGAUCGAGACUUCCGAGAUAAUUAAUGCGACCGAGAAAUUUAACUCGAUUAUGGUGAGCGGCCAACCAGCAAUUGUAUCGCCGUAUUGGUGUGACUAUGUGUUGUAACAGGAUUAGCGUCGAAUUUGGGGUACAGACACCGGCUAGGACGUACCAGAGCUUGGUCGAGCGGACAUCAGUUGAAGCCGGUUCGCGUGGUCAGCCACUUGAGCAACGGAACGAACUCGUACAGGAUCGCAGAUAUUGUCGGACAGCAGAAGAGUAUGGAGGUGCCCUGUUGCAGCUGAUAAACACGAGAACCCGAAGGACUAUUCUAAAAUCAUCGUUACGGAUUCUUCUGAAACGGAAGAGCCCUGAAUGUGCUCAGAGCAGUCUUGAUUGCGGAUCAAUGCCAAGGAUAGUGUGACGAUCGUCAUUGCCGUGUACGUCUGUGAAUAAUCCCUUUCGAUUCGUGAUUAGAAUAUCUCGUCUCGCGAUCUGUGAGGUCGUUGUCGGAGCUACUCAACGUUAUUUGUAUACUAGAUUAACAGCUUUAGGACGCUUGAAGCUCACAUUGAAGUUGUUCACAAGGUGUACGGUUAUCUCCAGUGCGUUCUGCGGGUUUGGCUCGAGUGCAAAUAUCACUUUUUGAAACACUAAUAAUCAAACGAAUCCAUCCGGAAAUUUUAGUAGAAUAAUUAGAAGUGCUGUGUGAAGUGGUGGGCAAGAAGUGAAUUUAAUUUGAGCGGUUGCACGUUAAAGAAUGGCCGAAACGGUGAGGAUUUUCACUGAGGCCCCGAAAGCAGUGGGCACGAUUGUUCCAAGUCCUGCCACCAAUGGGUUUUCACCGAAGGCCAAGACCGUUGCAGCGGUCGGUUCUGAUGAGGUUCAUGAUCCACCGGACGGGGGUACCCGAGCUUGGCUCGUAAUGGUUGGUGCAUUCCUGUGCAACGGUGUUCUGUUCGGUAUAAUAAACACCUACAGUGUGGUCUAUCUAAGCUUGCAGAAACAACUACAGGAUCUUGGCGAUACGGAGGCCUCCAGUAAGGCAGCGCUGGUUGGUUCGCUUACGAUUGGCACUACCUUCCUGCUGUCGCCCGUUUCCGGCAUCCUAACAGACAAGAUCGGCCUUCGAAGGACCACACUAUGCGGAGGAGUACUAACUUGUGGUGGCAUGUUUUUGUCCUCCUUUUUUACGCAUAACGUAUCCGCACUGUACUUCACCUAUGGGAUCAUGUUCGGAUUAGGUGCGGCAUUGGCUUACACGCCCUCGCUGGCGAUUUUGGGGCAUUACUUUAAAAAAUAUCUAGGAUUGGUGAACGGCGUUGUGACGGCAGGCUCGAGCGUUUUCACCGCCAUUAUGCCAAUUGUGCUGGAUAAAUUAGUGCAACAGACGGGGCUGGCCACGUCGUUUCGUAUUCUAUCUGUGGUUUCCAGCUUUGUGAUAUUCUGUGCGCUGUUGUAUAAGCCGCUACAUCCGCCCCCACCGCCGCCCAAGGUGAAGCCUGGUCGGUCCCAGUUCAACACGAUGCUACGAUCCUUCAUCAAUUUCGACAAUUGGAAGAAGAAGAAAUAUAUUAUUUGGGCUCUAUCAAUUCCAAUUGCGCUGUUCGGAUACUUCGUGCCGUAUGUACACAUGGGCAAAUUUGUGAAGGAUUCGUUCCCUGGAGAAGGAGAAAAUUUACCAGUAAUGUGUAUUGGUAUCACCUCUGGACUUGGACGGUUACUUUUUGGCUUCAUUGCGGAUCUUCCGCGAGUGAAUCGCGUACUGCUGCAGCAGAUGUCUUUUAUAAUGAUCGGUACGAUGACGAUGCUGCUUCCUGCCACUGGAUCAUUCCCGCUGCUACUUUGUAUAGCAUUGGCUAUGGGGUUAUUUGAUGGAUGCUUCAUUUCCCUGCUAGGGCCGAUUGCUUACGACAUAUGUGGACCAAGAGGAGCGACUCAAGCAAUCGGCUUUCUACUUGGCUUAUGUUCAGUUCCACUAACUGUGGGGCCACCGAUCGCUGGAAUGUUAUAUGAUCACCUCGGUUCCUACAAGAUUCCAUUCAUACUGGCUGGAAUCCCUCCACUAUUUGGUGCUAGCACGAUGUUCUUUAUCCGCUGUGUCAAAGACACGCCGAGUAAACCAGAAUCACCCCUGAAGGACCCUACGCAUCAGCCACUGGCUCAGACUGCCUGGGAUUGCGAAAAUCCUAGCGAUUUGUCGAACGGCAAACAGAAUGGACAUAUUCGAGAUGAACGUCGGGCAACUCUGGCUAGUUCAGAAUCACUAACCGCAGAGAGCAAAUAAACAAACAAGAUCGAUUCGUACACAGUUUCCGUACGGAUGCAAAAUAAUGAUGCAGGAACCAAAAAUUUGACGUGUCAGCGUAAACGUAGAGAGCUUAGUAAUUGUGAUUAUGGAUUCCAUGGAAGAAAAAUGGAAGUUCUUUCAUAGAAACAAAGUAAGAGAAACCUAGCUGCUUGUGUUUGCUUAGAAACCCACAAUCAAAAUAUAGGACCGACCGCAAAUAUCGAAUAUUGAGAGCUAAAGCGCAUCAUUUGCAUUUCUAUUAGGUUGCUAGAAGUAGCAAAUUUAGGUAGAAAAAAAAACUUUUCAAUCAUAAGGUUGUACAAUAUUUAUGUUCUAAUAAAUAGGUAUAUAUUGACUAGUAUUUUACAGAACAUUAGAAAAAGAAAUUAUUAUGGAACAAUUUUAAAAAGUAUAAAU